CAAAGCUCAAAGCAUACGGCACCCGAGCCGCCCACAAAUGGAACUGUGCCUCUCCUUGCCCAAUUGUUAGUUGCAGAAGUAACAUACCCGCGUAGCACCCACUUGGUCCUUAAACAUCAGUCGCCUCUGCGCGGGGAGGUUCUGACGCGGUCGGGGCCACAAAGUCGGAGCAGGAGGACAUGGGCACGGUGGACGCGGCGGCACUCACCGCCGCACCCGCACCCGGCGCCUCCACCACGCCGAAUGGCGCCGCGGCCCCAACAGCCUCUGCCAAUGCCAGCGGCACCAAACCCAUAACCAUCACCCGAAGUGGCUAUCAGGGCUUUGGCUCUUUCUUCAAUGAGGUGUCGGUUCAGGACAUGAUUGCCGUGCCCCGGGAUGCCUACGUGCCGCCGGCGCGGCCCUUCGCACCGCCCUCGCUGGAGCGCGCCGCCUCGCUCCCUUUCGGCGAGGCGUGUCGAGAGCUUUUCAUGAUUGACUUCCAGCGCUGGACCUUCAUAAAUCACGGCGCAUUCGGCGGCGUGUGCCGCCCGGCGCAUGAGGAGGCCAACCAGUGGCGGGAGUACUGCGAGGCACAGCCCCUCAAGUUCCUGGACAGGGAGCUCUUUCCACAGAUGGUCCGGGUGAUGCGGGAGAUGGCGGACUUCAUGGGGGCGGACCCGCGGGACCUGGUAUUUGUGCCCAACGCCACCACCGGCCUCAAUGUGGCCAUUCAGGCGGCAGGCCUGCGGCCCGGCGACACAAUGUACAUGCUCAACAUAGGGUACGGCAGUGUUAAGAAGAUGGCGCAGGCGGCGUCCGCGGCGGCGGCAGGGCGGGGCGCUGGCUCUGCCGACCCGGCUGCUGCUGCUGCUGCUGCUGCUACAGCCUCUGCUGGCACGGCUACAGCCGCCGCCACGCCCACGCCCACGCCCACGCCGCACGGCGAGGCCCCCGGCGGCAUCAAUGUGGUGUACGGCGAGGUGGUGUUUCCCAUUAGCGGCCCCCAAGCCAUCGUGGACCUGGUGGCCGCCACGCUGCCGCCCGGCACCCGGCUGGCGGUGUUCGACACAGUCACCAGCAACACCGCGCUGCUGCUGCCCGUGGCGGAGCUGACAGCGCUGUGCAGGAGCAGGGGCGUGCAGGUGCUCAUAGACGGCGCACACGCGCUGGGGCAGGUGCACCUAGACUUGCAGGCCGGCGUGUGCGGCGGCAGCGUGCACGGCGAUACACAGGAGGAGCAGCAGCAGCCGCAGCAGCCGCAGCAGCAGCAGCAGCAGCAGGCGGAAGCCGCAGCAGCGGGCGCAGCCGUGUCGGCACUGACCAUCAACGGUAGUGCCGCCGAUGCCGGUGCCGCCGCAACCAGCAAGCCCAGCUCCUCAAGCCAGGACCCGGGUUCGAAUCUCGCUGUGCCCGACUUCUUUGUGACCAACUGUCACAAGUGGCUGGCGGCGCCGCGCGGCACGGCGGUGAUGUGGGUGCGGCGGGACCGGCAGGCGGCGGUGCGGCCGCUGGUGGUCAGCCACGGCAGCGGCGCCGGCUUCACUUCCGACUUCAUCUGGGAUGGCAUGCGCGACUACGCGCCUUACCUGGCCACCUCCUCGGCCCUGGGGCUGUGGGCCGCGAUGGGGCCGGCCCGUGUGCGCGCCUACAUGCGCGACCUGCUGGCGGCGGCGGUGGAGCUGUGCGGCAGCAGGUGGGGCACGGGCCUGCUGGCGCCCUCACUGGCCAUGUGCGGGGGCAGCAUGGCGCUGCUGGGGCUGCCGCAGGAGCUGGCGGAGGGGCCGGAGGCGGACUCGGCAGAUGCCAAGUAUGUGCAGGACAUGCUGCACCACGUGUACGGCAUCGAGGUGCCCAUCAAGGCCGUACAGGGCCGCCUGUACGUGCGCCUGUCGGCGCACAUGUACAACGCCCUGCCCGACUACCAGCGGCUGGCGGACGCGGUGGAGGACCUGCUCGCAAAGGAGCGGCUCGGCAGGCAGGAGGCAGCGGCGGCGGCGGCGGCGGCGGCGGCGGCGGCAGCUGGGGGCCAGGAAGCCGCGCCGGCCAAGAAGAAGUGCGGCGGCUGAGGCUAGUUCCGCCCGCUGACACACACGCCUAGCUCCGUUGCAGGCGGCAUCACGCAUCAAUCAUGGUGCGGGUGGCGGGACGUACGACGGAGCUAGCUGUGCCGGCGGGCGGGCGGGCGGCUAGCCCUGUUCAGUCAGGGGUUGUUUGAGACCCUGGCAGGAACUAAGGCGACGAACGGGUGGCAAGGGAGCUGCACCUCUUGCCUGCAUGGAUUGAAUACGAGUUUCGGGUUGCUCAUAAUGUGGAAGGAGUGUGACGGCGAAGGCAAGAUGUGACUGGGCUGCGUGCAAGGGAAGUCGUGAUGUACUCAUACAGGCGCACAUCUUGCUUUUGUACUUGUGACUGCUGGCUCCAUCAUCAGGCAUUUGGGUUCGUUUCAAACAUGCAGCGGAGGAGAGGCGUUUUCGCCUAUGUAGCAGGCAAAUGGAAUGGAGCCAGGGGCCGUGCGUGGAGGUGAUGGCGGGUGUGUGGGCGUGUAGUUGGGUGUGUUUGUGUGCGGUGGGGGUGCGGGCCCGGAAUUAACCACCGGGUGUUCUUCCGCCGCCGCCGCCAACCGCCGCCAACCGCUGCUAAACGCUGCCGUCGCUGGCCAUGGUGUGAGGCGCCGCGCUUGAAUGCACACGUGUGUGUUUUCCGCACGUGCGAGCGCGGCGGCCGAUUGUGCCCCUGGCAGCCCGUCAUACAACAGACAACUUAUGAAUUGUGUGGAUAUGUGCGACGGUGCGGUCUUUGUUUUGCGCACCGUGAGCCAUGGAGCGAGGAGAGGCUGCACGCUUAAAGGCUUCAGACGUCUAGAGGGAUAUUUGAGGCGUGAGGCUGGUGCGCUUUGCAGAUCAGGGCCCUCAAGGCACCGUGGCAUCAGGCGUAAAAUAGAGGCCCCAGGAGCGCGUGCGUGGUUUGUUCCUUGCCGCCGUGGUCAAUGCGCAACGGAGAGA